AUGACAAUGACUACUAAUACCAUGGGUAGUGCUGCUGCAACACAUAAUUUAGGUAUAAGGGCUGAUCAUAGGAGAAAUAAAAGACAAGCAAGAGCUUUACAUCAAUUCCCAACUGCAGCCUUGAAUGGAAUAAAUAAUCAGUUUUCACAAAGUCCGGUUAUAGGAUUAGACAAUAGUUCGAUUCAAAGUGGCAUGAACACACUGUCGGAUUUCCUAUCAAAUGGUAGUUCUAGUGGUGUUACUCCAAACUCGGCAACUCCUGUUUUAAUGAAUGAUAAAAUGAAUUCCUUCACUCCAAAACAGUUUAGUGCUACUUCCUUCGAGACACCAGUUUCAAUGUUAUCUCCAAGCAAAUCACAAGCUCCAGAUUCUUACAAUUCACCUUACGUACAACUAGAUUUCGAAUCCUUAACAAUACACGAUAUGUCUCCUAUUGUUCCCACUCAGAGAUGGGAAGACCAAUUAGUGUAUUUGACUAAAUCUUAUGGAACAAACUCUUCAAAAAUCCCUCCAUUACCAAGUACACAGUUUUAUUGCCAUGAAGAAGAUGGUAAUUGUGACCCAAGAUUACUAGCAUCAUCCAUGUGCACUAUCCCAGCAGAAGAAAGUUUAAGGGAGGCUACAAAAUUACCCUUAGGUUUAACAGUUCAACCAUUUACAAGAACAAUUCCAACUGAAGAGAUCUCUGUCAUAAAGCUAAAUAAUAGCACCGUAACUCCUUCAAUUUUAACAGAAAAUUAUGAAGUGGGUCCUCUAAGAUGUAGAAGAUGUAGAGCAUAUUUGAAUCCACAUUUUCAGUUUACCUUUGAUUCUGCAGUUAUUUGUAAUAUUUGUAACGUCAAAAUGAAAUUAGCAAAUGAACAGGUGGCACCAAUUGAUGUUGAUGGUAAAAGAAGUGAUUAUUCAAUACGACCAGAGUUAUUUAAAGGUUGUGUCGAUUUUGAAGUUCCUUCAUUGUAUAAUGCCAUUCCUGAUAAAGAAACAUUGCCACUACAUUACCUUUUCCUUAUUGAUGUUUCCACUAGAUCUAUUGAAAAUGGGGGUUGUAUUUCAUUUAUUCAUUCUGUUAAACGAUCAAUAAAUUAUAUAAGAGAAAAUCAACCUAAUUGUAAAGUGGCAAUUAUGUCUUAUGAUAAGAACAUCAGAUUUUAUGAAUUAGAUCCCUCUUUUGAAAGGUGUAGAGAAUAUAUCGUCUCUGAGAUAGAUGAUUGUUUUAUUCCAUUUAAUAGUUUCUUUUUUGCUUCCACUAUAGAGUCCCAAAAUAUUAUUGAAACAACAUUAGAUCAACUUGCAUCGACCAUAGAAAACCACAUGGAUUUACAUUUGUCUGACAAUUGUUAUGGAUCUGCGAUUAAUGCAGCAAAACUUGCAUUUGAUACCUUCCUCGGUGGCCAAGGUGGUAAAAUCAUAGCUCAAUUAGGUUCACAACCAACUAUAGGUUCUGGAAAGGUCAAUACUUUAAAUGAAAAAGCUGGGAAGACAUCUCUAAAACCGGAUCUCUCAUUUUAUAAAGAUUUGAGUAAGUCUUUUAACAAGUCUUUCUUAUCUUUGGAUCUAUACGUUACCGCACAAUCUUUUGUUCAUCUAGCUAAUGUAGGUUAUCCAUCCAUUGCAACGUCCGGUGUUGUCAAGUAUUAUGGUAUGUUCACUUAUGAACGUUGUAAUUUCAUCUUAUGCAAAGACAUACUGCAUAAUAUAUCUAUUAUUAAGGGUUACCAAGCUCAAUUAAAGAUUCGUGCUUCUAAUGGAUUAUCAAUUAAUAAAUACUUCUGUGAAUCUAACAACAAUUCUGAUGAGGAUCCAAUAAUACCAGUAAUAACAUCUAGUACUGUUGUUGAUGUUCUUCUAAAAUAUUCAGAUAAGUUAAAGAAAGAUACUAAGUUAUUUAUACAAGCGGCCUUGCUUUACACAGAUAUUAACGGUGUUAGAAAAGUUCGUGUAAUCAAUACUAGUGCUCCAAGUUCAUCUAGUAUGACGACAAUAUUCAAAUUCGUUAACCAAAACGUUAUUAUGCGUCUGAUGAUUCGUCAAUUGUUGCUAAAAAGUCAUUCACUUGAUUUUGCCUCAAUGAAAAAAUCUAUCUUGGAAGAUUUAUCUUCAGUAGCAGCUCAAUAUAGAGCUCUAAUUAGUGGUAAUUCAAAUAAACAGUUUGUCACUGCUGACACAUUAAUGACACUUCCAACAUUUAUGUUAGGUUUUCAAAAAUCUAAGGUAAUGAAAAGCACAAUUCAAAAAACGUUCAACAAUGAUCGUAUCAGUGAUUAUUUUAAAUAUUUUACUAUGAAUCAGAGUGAGUUAUCAUACAAACUCUAUCCUCAAAUCAUCCCAUUACAUAUCCCAUUAGCUGGCGGUGAUCUAUCUUUCUAUGAUGCUAAUUAUCAGUUACUAAGAAUAUCAGUCGGAUCUCUUGAGAAUUUGACUGUUAGAAAUAGUAUGUCCCAAAUAGUCAACGGUGGUGCUUAUUUAAUAUUUAAUGGUGAAAUAGUUUAUCUUUGGUUUAAUGAGAACACUAACAGAUCCUUGUUGGAAGAUUUACUCGGUGUCCCAGCGACUAUACCAAUUGAACAGAUCAAGUUAGUCGAAAACAAACUAAGAAAGACAGGCACUAGGAUAAACAAGAAAGUAGCAGAGACAAUGCGAUAUUGGUCUCAAAUAGUCAAUAAGAGAUAUAUUCCAUUGGUUCCAUUAAGACCACAAAUUGACUCAUAUUAUCCAAACGUUAUCGGUUCAAUAUUGAUUGAAGACUAUUCAAUGAGCAAGAUGGACUCACUGAAUGAAUUCACUGCUUCAAUCAAUAAUUUGUCUAGCACUAAGAUACAAAACAAACAAUUUAUAAAGACUUCAGGAAACGAGGAGCUUGAUAUUACACACCAAAAGUUUGUACAAUUUUAA